UGAUUUUGCUUGGUGUUUUGAGUAAUGUGAUUGGUCAGUUUCGACUAAUGGCUGCACGGUUGGCAGUGUGCUUAUUGAAUAUAUCUGAAGCUCGACGACUACAUGUGGUAGAAAAAAUCGCAAAGGCUGCAGGCAUCCUUUCAACAGAAUCAAAAUUCAAAUGCUUGUCGACCGUGUUAAACAUAUUCUCUGACCACGACUAUAACCGUUCGGUGCUAACCAUUGCAGCACCAAUUGAGAAUUUACAAACUUCAGUUGUUAAUGCUUGUAAAGUAGCAUAUCGAGAAAUCAACUUGCAAAACCACACUGGAGGUCACCCUCGGUUAGGGUCAGUUGACCUUAUACCCAUUUACCCAAUUUCACACUUAGUGUCCCUUAACAAGUGUGGUGACAUUGCAAAAGGGAUUGGGAACCAGAUUGUGAGUGAAGUAAUGGGGACUAGUGUGUUCUACUUUGGGACGGCAGAUUAUCCAAACGCAAGGGGAUUGGUUGAAAGGCGGAAGGAAGUCGGUUGGUAUAAGGGUCGGCAUGGCAUGUCAUAUGAUGGUGUUAAAUUUGAUAUUGGUGGGCCACCUAUGUCACGGUAUGGCUUGACAGGUGUUGGUGCAAGUCCAUAUGUUAUGAACUGUAAUGUCACAAUUGAGACCAAAGAUUUUCAAGUGGGGCAAGGAAUAGCAAAGGCCAUUCGUGGGGCAAGCCCGGGGGGUUUAAAGGGUGUGCAAGCAAUGGCUUUCGACCAUGAGGGAUCUGUAGAGAUUGCAUGCAAUGUUGAAGCUUUUGCCUCUGAUCAGGUGGGUUGUGGGACUGUGGCUUGAAAUUAUGUAUUCACUUGGUUAUGCUAGACUGUGUGGGGAGAGGGAGUGUGUGUGUGGGGGGGGGGGGAUGAAACAGUUCAGAACUAACACAUCUAUUCAGUAUAAAGUUUAUUGAGUGCAAACUGCAUUAUUUUAGUUAAUCAGCUUUAAUCCAUUGAGUAAUAUAUAAUAUGCCUCAGUAAUACCAACCUAUUUACAUGAUAAAAUAAGCAUAAGAAAAAUAAGCAUAAGAGAAAUAAGGGUUUAACCCAUUUAACACCCUGGCUACUAUUUAAAACACGCAUAUGAGUGUUUUAUCCAAUAAGCUUAUGAAUAAAUGUUUGAAAUGUGGUUUACAGGUAUAAACUGGCCGUUGAGAAAGAUCGUGACUCUAUUUUUACGACCAUAUGGAAAUCAGGCUUAAGUGUUGUUAUUCAAAGAGCCCAUUAAUUAUGUGUCCUCUAUUUUAUAGGAGAAAAGCAACUAUGAAACAAAGCAACAUGUUUUUAACUAUACCAGACCAAAUGAAAUAAAGGAAAGAAUAAAGACCCUAGCAUCAGAGCAUGGUAUUGAUGUAAAGGGAACAGUUAUUGUGGGAUUCACACCAGACGAAGUUUAUGACAUGGCAUACAAGGCACUUUCAGAGGGAAAUACUACAGCUUGGAAGAACAGCCGACUUCAUCGCAUGUAGCUAAAAAUUUACCGUUCAAUUACGAAAGUGGCCUCCUCCCCACCACUUAAGGAAUUUUCACGAAUAAUUAACAAAAUAAAACAUAAAAUCUAAGAUACAUUAUUAUUUAUAAAUAUAUUACAAUGUGUAAACAGUAUAUCUGUAAAUACAACUUUCUUUCAAUUAAAUAAAUAUUUUUAUAUUUUUUUAUAUUUGAUUAUCUGGUCACGCCUAUAUAAGGUGGAGUGAAGUUUCAAUAGUCAACUCGGCUCACAAGAUCU